GUCUUCUCUGCAGCCCAGUCUCCCUGCAUGCAGGGCGCAGACGGCAGGCUGCAGACUGCAACUACGGCUACUUAAACGGAAAGCAAUCCAACAUGGCUACAACAUAAGCUAAAAGAUAACAAUAAUGUUAUAAUGUUAUUAAAUUAAACGAAUUUUUUUUAAUGCAUUUCAAUAUCAAAGCAUUUUGAAGCAUACUAUUCUAGUAUUAGUAUUAAGUAAAAGUGAAUUUUAAAUCGAUUUUUAUUGUUUUGAUUAAUUUAUUGAUAUUGUGCUUAUUCCUUUUUCCUUUAAAAAAUGCAAUUCUUUAUUUGAAAGUCGAUAUGAGUCAAUAUCGCCCGGAAGACGUUAGUCACUCAGCCAGUGAAGUAAAAUCACCUCGUGAUCUUCAUCAGAAUUCUAUGCAAGAAUCUACAAUUAAAACUGAAUCUCACGACAUAUCACACACAUCUCAUGCAUUUACAUCUGUCCAAAUCCGAUCAGAAUAUACUGAUGAAUAUGUCAAUAAAUCUGUAUCCAAUGAAUAUAGUAUUAGUAAGCAAACUGGAACUGAAUAUCCUACCAAAUCAACAUCUGAUUUUUCAACUACUAAACAAUUAGAGACAUAUAGCAAGCAGUUGCAUAAUGAACCUGAAAAAUCUCAUCAAAACGAUGUUGACGAAAGCUAUACUGCUUCUAAAAUGGAAACACGACAUAGCCAUACUACUGGCCCAGUCCCUUUUUCCAAUCAAACACGAUUUUUAUCUGGCCAAAACUUAUCCCAAACAACUGGACCAACACCAACUUUAAAUCAGUUACUACAAGCAUCUAGCCCAGUUCAUCGAUUUCAUACAAGUUAUCCUUCUAUUGGACAUGAAACUUAUCAACAACCAUGGCCCAUUCAAAGACCAUCUGUUGUGCCACCAGUUUAUCCUCAGCCAAGUCAAAGACCACCACCAACGGGUUCACCGCGCUUGCAUCACGGCACAGCAGGUCCUAGUUCUCCAACGCCAAUGCCCUAUCAAUCGUAUAGUCAACGUUUUGCUUCACCUACUAGAUCUCAUUCACCAUACAGUCAUCAUCAGUUAAACUCAUAUGGUUUAUCAUCAACUCAUUCUCCCAACUUGUACUCGGAACAAAGAGGUUGGAGUCAAACAACUUCAACGAAUCCAUCUGUAACUCAGUCUACGAAUCAAACAAAUUCUUCGAGUCAAUCUCCUCAGCGAGCCUUGUCACAGUCACCUGCACCGCCGCCUUGUGCGUCUCCGCAACCACAAGCUUCCAACCAAACUCAGAAUUUUCAUACGAUGCAACAGAGGUCAACUACCCCAAAUGCUCAAGUAAUUGAUUCAGGGGAAAUAUCUAACCAAAAUAGCAAUGAUAGUUCGAAUGGGCCAGCUGGUCCUACUACUCCUACUUCUCAAGGCAUGAGACCAACUCCUUCCCCUACAGGCUCUACAGGUUCGCGAUCUAUGUCCCCAGCUGUUGUACAACAGACCGUACAAAUGCCACCAAGACCAUCAAGUAGUCAAUCAGACGGAGGAGCACCUUCAAGAAUGAGUCUUUCGCCUCUAGCUACUCAAGGGAGCAAAAAUGUGAUUAAAAGCACGCGAGCGUGCAUAACAGUACAUAUUUCGCACGCUGCAUCGAAAUCUACUUACGGUCCGUCACCUCACAUGCAUAAUUAUAAGCCGAGUAGCAGUGGUCAAAAUGCUGUUUCAUCAGGCUCUGGUUCGAGUCUAAAUAGUGUAAGCUCAAUAACGAGCUAUGUAAAUUCCGGUUCAAAUCAGACGAUUGGAUAUUCAAGUCAAGGGAAUUAUACGUCAAUACGUCCUUAUUUACAAUUUGCACAAAAUUAUCCACAAGGAAACAAUACGCAAACUUCAGCUAAUGGCCAAUAUCAAACAGUCAGACCUAAUAACGCAGCCCAGUACUCAUCAUAUUCCCAUAAAAUAGGCUUAAACAAUAUACCAUGCGGAAUGUCGCCUAGCUCCAACUCAACUCAAUCGUACGUCACUGGACUUUCUACGAGUAUGAUAUCGUCUGGUACAUCAACGGUAACUGGAAUCAGUAGUAUGGGUCCACCUAUGGGAUCUAUGGGUCCUCCAGCGCCAUCACCAAGCCAUUUAAAUAAUCAGCAUAUAGCUACAGGAAUAAAUUCAACGGUGCAUAUAAAUACAUCUACACAAUCUCUUAGUGUUGAUGGCAGCCCGAUGCCGCCGCCUAGUACAACUCCGAACUCUCAUACAGUUGUUAUUUCUGCGUUAAAUAAUCAUAACACUAUAGAUUCAACAGCACACGGUGAACCAUCAUCUGAAUCCGGAAUACUAUCUCAUGUGCCCAUCUCAACAGCCAUUAUAACAACAUCAUCAAAUUCUACUGUAACUUCUAUUAUCACUACAGGUCCGGAUGGAUCAUCGUUAGAUGAAGGCUCUCAGCAAUCUACACUUUCUAAUGCAUCAGCUGCUUCUGGCGAGGACCCAGUAUUCACACCAAAGGUUAGAAAAGAUUUGAUGGUUUACCACAGUCAUCCUGCUACACCUCAAAGUACUGUUCCUUCACCUGGUGCAGCAAGUAUUAAUUCUGUUCAUGAAGAUUAUCCUGAUACAAACAGUCCUAGUUGGCCGCGUACACCUGCCAGUCCAGUAUACAACAGUCACGUGUCACAGGAUCCAUACAGGUCUAAGAAGUCGGAUAGUUUAUCAAAACUAUAUGAGAUGGAUGAUUCAAUGGAACGCCGAUCUUGGCUGGACAAACUUGUAGGAUUCAUGGAGGAACGUAGAACGCCGAUAACCAGCUGUCCCACCAUCUCCAAGAACCCCCUCGAUUUGUUUCGACUAUACCUCUACGUCAAGGAAAGGGGGGGCUUCAUGGAGGUAUGCAAGGUAACCAAAAAUAAAACUUGGAAGGAUAUAGCUGGCCUUUUGGGUAUUGGAGCUAGUAGUAGCGCAGCUUAUACUUUACGAAAGCAUUAUACUAAGCACCUAUUAGCUUACGAAUGUCAUUUUGAUCGUGGUGGAGUAGACCCUCAACCAAUAAUAAACCAAGUUGAAGCUGGAACCAAAAAAAAAGGAGCCAAAGGUACUUCAUCAGUACCUUCUCCAGGUUCUUCAAACUCGCAAGAUUCUUUUCCAGCUGGAGGAUCAAAUAAUCCUGCAAUUGAUAAUUACGGAAAUUAUUCAAAUAAUUAUUCAGGAACUGUAAAUGCAGGAACAAGUGGAGAUUACAAUCCUUCUCCACCAAGACCCCCAAGUCAAAGCAGUACAACCUCGCAUUCAAGUAGCUAUCAAAAUCCAACAUCGUUUCAAAAUUAUUCGCAAGAUCAAUAUAUUCGCCCACAAGGUAGUGCCUUAAAUCAACAAAGUGAGUUUAAUCAACCCUAUUCUACUCGAGCACACUACCCACCUUACGUUUCUGAUAUAGAAAGGGGUUACAGUAAUAAUAAUAUAGGUCAAGGAAACUCUGGAAAUCAAGAUAUUUAUAAUAGGUACAGUGCAAAUCAACCAGUUGGAACUUAUUCUAGUGGGUCAGCAUCAGGAAUAAGAUGUACCUAUUCCACAGCAUCACAAGGCCAUUCAACUAAUUCACAACAGCAAACAGUUUCAUCUCAACAAACAACUUCAUUAACACAAUCAACUUCUGGAAAUACAUAUUCAAGUUCUCAAGACUACUACAGACAAGAUCAGACUACUUAUGGGCCACCAAUUGGAAGUCAAAUUUAUCCUAAUCCUAAUACAAUUAAUAAAACUAUGCCACCACCUCCAUCGGGACCUCAACAACCACGAAGACAUCCAGAUUUUAUUAAAGAGCAACAAUAUUCUUCGUAUAAUCAGCAAAGGCCGGGAUAUACAGGUUGGCAAAGUGGAAAUAAUCAAUAUAGUGGAAAUACAGCCAGAAUCCAAUAUACCACUCAGUCACAGUCAGCAUCUCAACCGCAACAUCAACAACCAUUGCAAUCUACUCCAAGUGUUGUUACUUCGGUAUCUUCAACAAUCAGUGGCAACAAUAGUCAACAAUGGAAUAAUCAGCAGAGUAACAGAUCCAAUACGCAAAGCAAUAUGAACUCUUUACUGCACGCUCAAUCUUCUUGGGAACAUCGGUACAAUCAAAAUGCAUCUUUAUACACAACGCCAGGAUCUCACCAGACACAACUUGGAAUUAGUCCUGUAAUAAGUCAACAAUCAAUGGCGAAACGAGAAAUGGCAUUUCCAACGGAUAGUAUUGAAGCAAUCACGCCAUUGUUAUACAAAAGAAGGAAACUAACUCGUUCGGAGGUCGCUCCAGUUGAAGCUUGGAGAAUAAUGAUGGCUCUAAGAUCUGGUUUAUUAGCUGAAAGUUGCUGGGCUUUAGAUGUUUUAAAUAUUCUUCUAUUUGAUGAUUCAUCUGUCCAUUAUUUUGGAUUGACUCAUUUACCAGGUUUAUUAGACGUUUUACUAGAGCAUUUCUCUCGUGCACUUUCAGAUAUGUUCGAUUUUUCUUUAAUUGAUGAAGGUCGUUGUUUGUAUGAGCAUCCAAUUCACGAUGCCGAAAUCGAUUUAGGUGCAGUAACAAAACCAGUCGAUCCAGAAGAUCGCAUAAAAAUUUUGUCCUCUUCGAAUUACACAUUUUUAUCAAGACGUGGUAAACCUGUUAAAAUCGUACCCAGAGAUGACGACAUAUUCGUUUUAGAUAGCCGUCGAACUUGGGAUUUCCAAGAAAGUGAGUCAGAAGUCGAACCAUGGCAAGUCGAUAGCAGUUCAAUUAAUUACAUUGUUACAUGCUUUAAAUCUGAAGUUAGCAGUGUUUCAUUUACAAGCCAAUUAAAAACUUCAAAAGCAGUCCAAAAAGAAUCAGAUAAAAUAAGUUCUAAUAGUAGUGAAAUUUGCUUUAAUUAUAAAGAAACAAAAAAUACAAUAGAAAAUAUUAUUACUGACCCCGAAGCUAUAACCGAAAAAAUAGACUUAAAUAAUGAAUUCAAGCAGCAAGAGAAAAAGAAAAAGUCCAAAACUUUAAGCGACGUACUUUCUAGGAUAAAAAAAGAACCUCUUGAAAUGAAUGAUCUAACCAGAGAAUUAUCAGAGAAAAAAGCUGAUGGUCCUAAAAAAGAUACUGAUAGCGAUGGAAAAAAUAACCAUAAUUUUAUUGAUGACACUAAGCCAGAAUUAAUAAGUAACGAUGAUGCUACACCAUUCAAAGAAAAUAAUUCAAAUAUAACGAUAUCAAAAUUUAUUAGCGAUAAUACGCGGACUAAAGAAAUACUUAAAACGCACUAUGAAUCCGAAAAAAACAAAGAAAUUUUCUUCGAUAAUAAUGAAGCAGAGAGUAUAAAAUUAUGUUCAAUUCAAGAACAUCACAGUUCAAAACUGAAAAUUCGUGAUCCAGCUGGAACACUUAAACGACGAAGGAUAAGCGACUAUGAAGAUGAAAGUUAUUCAAGAGAUGAAGCCAGUUUAUAUCUUGUGACUGAAACACAGGAUAAUUUAGCACGCCGAUGUGUAUGUCUCUCAACUAUUUUAAGAAAUUUAACAUUCAUUCCUGGAAAUGAAUUAGAAUUCGCCAAAAAUGUAACUUUCUUAAGUUUACUAGGAAAAUUGUUGCUACUGCAUCACGACCAUCCCACACGGGCUCAGAAAACUCGUAAUUACGACCGUGAAGAAGAUGCUGAUUUUACUGAUUGCUGUAGCAGUUUGCAAAGUGAAAGUGAAUGGUGGUGGGAUUUUUUAUAUCAUAUCCGAGAGAACGUUUUAGUAAUGUCAGCUAAUAUCGCUGGAUACGUGGAUUUGAGUCAAUAUCCAGAAGAAAUUUCAAGACCAGUUUUAGAUGGUCUACUCCAUUGGGCAAUUUGUCCUGCAGCUCAUGGACAAGAUCCCUUUCCUACAGUUAGCUUGAAUUCAUCUUUAUCACCUCAGAGAUUGGCUCUCGAAGCACUUUGUAAACUUUGCGUUACAGAGAGUAAUGUAGAUCUGGUAGUUGCAACUCCACCAUAUUCGCGACUUCAAAAAUUAUGUUCUGUACUAUCCCGACUACUUUGCAGAAGUGAAGAACAGGUUUUGAGAGAAUUCGGUGUCAAUCUAUUACAUUUUCUUUCAGCAGCAGAUAGUGGUGUAGCUCGCACAAUAGCAUUGCAAACACCUUGCGUAGCAUUGUUAGUUGCUUUUAUUGAACAAGCUGAAAACAGUGCUUUGGGUGUAGCGAACCAACAUGGAAUAGCAGCUUUACGAGAUAAUCCUGAAUCAAUGGGCACCAGUUUAGAUAUGCUGCGUCGAGCAGCCGGUACACUUCUCAACCUUUCUAGACAUCCAGAUAAUAGAACUCUAUUAUUGCAACACGAAUCUCGUCUUCUAGCGCUCGUAAUGAGUCAAAUUCUUGAUCAGCAAGUUGCAGCAAUAGUCGCACGUGUGCUUUAUCAAUGUUCUCGUGGAGCUGCGUAAUAGAUUGACUAAUUAACUAGUUAAAAAAAAAAAAAACGUAAAAUUAGGAAAAAAUAUGUUUUAGUGCA